AUGUUAAUACAGAAAGAGGAAAAGGGGGCAUCAAGAUUAGGGAGGGGGUGUUCUCACGGUGGUGUGGGGUUAGCCAUUGGACCCUUCGCAAAGGCCCCAAGGGCCGUGUCACCCGGGAUUGGCAAGCGAAGCACGUUACAGCUAGGACCCACGAUGGUUACGAUUCUGGCGGAAGGUGCGAGCCACGGGGAGGAGGCGCAAGGCUUGCACGUUCCGUGCUGCUCGCCACUCCCCGAGGCCAAGGACGGGGUAGAACCGUCAUUCCAGGAUUUGCAGUUCGAUACAUUUCCAUUAUGUUACCCAGCCAAACCAGCCACCUCAUGUGCCAAAGUCAAACGAUUUGAACCUACGACCAGUCAGACAGCCGACCGCUCUACCACUGACCUACUGAGGAACAACGGACUUAAGUUUAAGUUAAGGAAGCCGACUCUCGUUCUUUGGACACCAACCUAUGACCGAACAAAAAAGGGUUCGUCACUCUUUUUCACAUACACCGAGAGAAAAGGUUAUGAUAACAAGCCCCUCCUCGGCCGGAGAGCCUCCACGACAAGAGGCGGCGUGACGGUCGCUGGUGGUUGCAUGCGCAGUGGGGUUCCUCGGGGUGGAAGCGGUGGUGAGCGAGGUGGAGGAGGUCAGUGGCGACUAGGGUGGAGGCUAGCAGCGCGGAGGGAGUUAAUGGCGGCUAGGGUGAAGGUCAGUGGCGCGACCGAAGCCCGUGAUGGCUGGCUGCGCCAGUUUGGUGAAACAGUGGUUUGCAGUGAAGUAGGGAGCUGGAGAGGCUACCAAUGCGGUUCCGGAGGGUGUGCGGGCUCAAGUGAAGGGUUGAGGGAAGGAGGUCGCGGGAAAUGGAGGCUGCACUGGAGGGGUUGUGAUGGGUGGCCUGGAGCUGUGGUGGCUGGCGUGGUGAGGAGAGGGGUUGCGACUGUGUGA